AUGGCCAACGUUUCCCGUCGAGUCCCUCUGGCAAGCCUUUCGAACGCCACGAAUUCUCCCCAUCGGCCUCUCACCCACAGCGGCUCCAAGCGGCCGAGGAGUCUGGCCAAUGUAGCUCAGCAAGAGAACGAGCCGCCACAGAAGCGUCUGGCCGUGGAGAAGAAUGCAAGGGACGCCGGCAAGAACCCGGCCACGCCUCAGAGGCAGUCGGGCCCCAGCAUGCCCGAAGGUCGCGUUUUUGACCGAGGGAAUGGUGAAUCUGGAUCUACAGCUUUCCAGAGAAGGCUCGUUGCUGCCCGGGAGAAAUCUGCUGGGCUUCGGAUUACGAAGAACGUUGAGUCAACGACCAAGGAAGACAGCAUCCGCGCCUGGCAGAAACAUUAUCGGAAACUCUUCCCAAGCUAUAGCUUCUACUUUGAUGGUGUCUCGGAGGAAGCGCGUGCACGUUUCCUCCGACAGAUCACGGGCCUUGGAGCGAAAGAAGAAAAGUUUUUCUCCAAAGCGGUCACGCACAUCGUCACGACGCGGCACAUUCCUGCAGACAACGCAUCUCACCAUGACAACGCCCAGCCAUCUCCGGUGGAAGACCAACCCCAGACCAUUAAUCCGUCCCUUCUGGAAAAGAAUCCUCGUGGGCACGUGUCGGCCACUACAACAAGACGCGAUGGGAUCAACCACAUGGACAUCUUGGUCCGAGGAAAAGAGAUGGGAAUGAAAAUAUGGGCGGCGGAAAAGUUACAACGUGUACUCGGUUCGAUACUGGGGGACGCAGGAAGUCAUAGCCAUCUUUCUCGGAGCACGACACAUGGCAGUCGAAACCAGCACGAAGACCUGGGUCAGGUUUUGAAGCACGAGAAGCUGGCUGCUUAUUCCGAGCGUGAACAACCCACGCUGUCUCUGGUGCCGUUCAAGGGGCCUUUCAUCUAUGUUCACGACAUGGACGAAAAAUAUCGACCGACGAUGGUGAGGGAGUACGCCAGGGUCACUCGCCGAUCAGAUGGGGAUUGGCCACAAUUCCGCUCGGCUAGUGUUGGCAAAUGUCCUUUCGUAGAGGAUCCAACCAUGAAGAGAGAAUUGGAGCAGGAGCAGCGGACAAGAGCCAGAAUGGUGGCCAUGCAACAACCCCAACAACCGACGCAGCAUGUUCCUCGCACAAGGUCACAUGUUGCCGUGGAGAAGGCGAGCGUUGAGCCUCCUACACGUCGUACAAGCCCCCGUAAAGCCCUGCAGACAGUCCAUAACCCAGCUGACGUACCUAUGGAUAUGGACUCCGACCGCAAGAAGACUGGUGCAUCUGCUCACGAGCGACAGCCUUCGUUCCCACCAAUGCCCGAUCGGCCUUUUGAGUUCGUUCGGCCUGCUCAGCUACAGAUGUCUCGGGAGCCUGCGGCAUCAGGCAUACAACGGUCCAAUCUGACAUCGGCAAUUCAAUCCCAGAUGAUCUCUUCCACAGCUGCCACCGGAGUCAAGGCCGGGACCAGCAAAGAAGUGCACCAGCAGUUGAAACGACAGGUGUUGGAGCGAACUCAUACAGGUAGCCUGUCGGUGGGCUCAAUACCGUCGUCGCAUCGGAUGAAUGACCUUGCUGGUGCUCUCAAAAACGUCCGAGCCCCGGCACCUCAACGGGCGGCCAAGAGUCGUGCUCAGGAAAAGCUAGGCGGUAUUCAAGAAGAAGACGACGAUCAUGCAGAUGACCUUUCUGCCGAACAGGCUGCUCAGCCUAGCCGGCGGAAGAAGAUAGUCAAGAAAGAUCCAAAACCAGGAUACUGUGAGAACUGCCGAGAUAAAUAUGAUGAUUUUGAAGAGCACAUUAUAUCACGCAAGCAUCGAAAGUUUGCCAUGACACAAUCAAACUGGAAUGAACUUGACGCCCUUCUUGCCAAAUUGCAAGCAUGA